AUGCCAGGAGGAGCAAAAGGACCUGGUAUCUUUUUUAUACUGCCAUGUAUUGACUCGUAUAAAAAAAUUGAUCUCAGGGUGGUCUCAUUCGAUGUUCCUCCUCAAGAGAUUCUUUCAAAGGAUUCUGUAACUGUCGCUGUAGAUGCCGUCGUUUAUUUUCGGAUUUCCAAUGCUACAAUUUCGGUGACAAAUGUUGAAGACGCUUCACGUUCAACAAAAUUGUUAGCGCAGACCACCUUGCGGAAUAUCCUUGGAACAAGGACUCUCGCUGAGAUGUUGUCCGAUAGGGAAGCUAUCUCACAUCAGAUGCAGAGCACACUCGAUGAGGCGACUGAUCCAUGGGGUGUUAAAGUAGAAAGGGUUGAAGUGAAAGAUGUCCGAUUGCCGUUGCAAUUGCAACGAGCGAUGGCUGCCGAAGCAGAAGCAACUCGGGAAGCUGGAGCGAAGGUGAUCGCUGCUGAAGGAGAGCAAAAAGCAUCACGAGCUCUACGCGAGGCUGCCGAAGUGAUAGCUUCAUCCCCUUGUGCAAUACAAUUGCGUUACCUGCAAACGUUGAACAGUAUAAGCGCUGAGAAGAAUUCAACGAUAAUCUUCCCAUUCCCAAUUGAGCUUAUUCAUAACUUUUUCCAAAAAACGGGAAAAGAUGUGUGA